UCCACCUGCCCGCAUCCCUAAGGUGCAGCCGCUCCGCGGCCCCGCCCGUUCUCCGCAUCCUCCGCUCCCUCCCCCCCCUUCCCAGGCUGCCUCACUCGGGUGACGUCAGCGCCUGGGACCCCGCAGCCGCCGCAACCUCCGCGCCUGCGGGAGCCGACGUCCUGCACCCCUAGAGCCGGCGCAGCCAUGGCUCCGGUGGUGUUGGCGCAGCUGCUGCUCCUGCUGCUGCUGCUGCUGCUGCCUCCAGCCGCCGCGCCCGCGCCGCUCGCCCGCGACCCCUUCUCCUCGCAGCUCGGGGACACGCAGAGCUGCCAGCUGCGGUGCCAGAAUCGCCACCCCAGACUGCAGCCCCCGCAGGGACAAAGUGAGAAUGAUAGCGUGUCAGAAACAUCGAUGAGAAAGAAACAUCGACCAGCUGCCUUCUGCGCACUUCCUGCUGGGGAUGUGCCCACAACCAAGGAGAAACUGGAGCAUAAGGACCCCUCCAAGUUCCAGAGUGAAUAUGGCAGGGCCGUCUCCAUCAGUGCUUGUGAGCGAGGCUGCCGCCUCUUCUCCAUCUGCCGGUUUGUGUCCAGGAGCUCCAAACCCAAUGCCACCCGCGCUGAGUGUGAAGCAGCCUGUGUGGAGGCCUACGUGAAGGAGAUGGAGCAGCAGGCCUGUAUGGAGGGCUGCUGGAGCCAAAACCCUGAGCUGGAGUCUGAGCUAGAGACCAUGCAGAAGAAAAAGGCCCUGGAAGCUCCGAGCAGGGUUCUUUCGCUCCUGGGCUUGUUUUCCACCCUCUGCAGUGACCUUAUCAGCUCAGCCCAGGGCUUCGUCUCCUCCACCUGGACGUACUACCUGCAGACUGACAAUGGGAAGGUGGUGGUGUUCCAGACCCAGCCCAUGGUAGAGAACCUAGUGCGUGAGAGGUCCCGUCUGCAGCGAUUGGAGGUGACCUGGAGAGGGUCCCGUCCCGAGGCCGUGGAGGUACACGUAGGGGCUGCUGUGGCCUCUAAGGGAAGGCCUAGCAGCCACUCGGGAACAACAUGUCUCUCAGACCCUUUAGGCCCCUUGGACAGGAUAAGGAAGCCCAAGAUCCGAGUCAGGCCCAGCAGCAAGGCGAAGAUGGAGUCUGAUGAGCUGCAGGGCAAAGACUUCCUCAGCUGCAUGUCCCGGCGCUCGGGGCUUCCUCGCUGGCUCCUGGCCUGUUGCCUCUUCCUCUCCGUGCUGGUGAUGCUGUGGCUCAGUUGUUCCCCUCUGGUGUCUGCUCCUGCCAAGCACUUCAAGUUCCAGCCCCUGCCCCUGGAGCAACACAGGGGCUACAUGGGAGGGCCAGACUGGCCUCCGUAUCCUGCCCGGUCGCGCGCCUAUGCGGACAGUCCCCCACCCUACAAGACCAAGCUGUAGGUCACCCUUGAACCACGUACAACCACGGGCAGGGCAAGCUCCCUCCUCACUGCCCUGUGCCCAGGGGUCCAGGCCAUGGUGGGACCCUCCUUGGGUUCCUGCACCCCAAACCCUCUCUCCCUGGUCCCAUCCCAUACCCCUCUGGAUCCUGGGAUUGCCAUGCUGCCACUUGUGGGGGGCGGGGGGUGGGAUCUGGCGUUUGUUCCUCUCUGGGCCCCCUUUCCCUGGCGCCUGGCCUGCUGCUUUCUGUUUUCUAUUGUGUAGCUUCAUGAGUAUUGAACCCAAGUUCUGUGUCGCCUUCCUCCUCUCUCCCCUGGAGAGGGUGCAUUUCUGAAGCCUCCGAGGAAGCAUUUGUCCUGUGCUAGGGCUCCUCCUCCUUUUCCCCGCCUCACCUCUGAGACCCAGCCCCGUGGAGGAGGCCCUCUCCGGGGAGCUGUGGACAGCUCCGUGCUGGGAGGGUGGGUGACUAAGGUUGGAGUUGCAGCAUGGGGGUCAGGAGGAAUAAACCGUGUACAUAAAA